GCGGAAUCAUCUCGCCAUUCUAGUUGUAGCCGCGGGCCGGGUCUCACAUUAGCUUCAUAUACUAAGAGAGUAGUUAUAUUUUUUUAACAAAAUGGCUUUCAUCGGCAAGAAGUACAAAAUGACAUCGUCAGAGAACUUCGACGAAUUCAUGAAGACUAUUGGCGUGGGCCUCAUCACCCGCAAAGCAGCGAACGCUGUGACCCCCACAGUGGAACUGAAGAAGGAAGGAGACGCCUACAUCCUGGUGACGUCCUCCACCUUCAAGACCACUGAGGCCAAGUUCGUACCUGGCCAGGAGUGCGACGAGGAGAGAGCUGACGGUGCCAAGGUGAAAUCCGUGUACACCCUGGAAGGCAACACGCUGAAGCAGGUGCAGAAGGCUCCCGAUGGUACGGAGGUCACCUACGUCAGGGAGUUUGGACCUGAGGAGAUGAAAGCUGUAAUGAAGGCGAAGGACGUGACCUGCACCAGGGUCUACAAGGUGCAGACAUAAACAUCAUAACUAAAGGUUAUUUUAAGUCAAUGGGUGCAGUGAACAAUACUGUAGAACCUAUUCCUAUCCUACGUAUAGCACUAUUAUGUUUAACUUUAUUUUAGUAUAGGAAUAUUCUCACUUUGGUUUUGUAUUCAGGGGAAUACUAAAUUUUAUUUUUGUACGCUGUACUUGUUUGCCAAAGUUGAUUUGUCGAAAGUCUAAACGACUGUUGUAUAAGUUUUUCAGUGCAUAUUUAAAUAAAUCGUUUUGUAAUAAUCA